UACAAGUUCGAGAUCACCGUGGGCAUGCCGCCCGGCGCCGACGGCGCGCGCAGCCGCGAGGACGACGACGGCACCAAGGACAUCGUGCUGCGGGCCAGCAGCGAGUUCCAGGGCGUGCUGCUCGGCCUGCGCCAGGGCAGCCUCGUCGAGUUCAGCACCAUCCUGGAGGGCCGCCUGGGCAGCAAGUGGCCGGUCUUCGAGCUCAAGGCCAUCAGCUGCCUCAACUGCCUGGCGCAGCUGGCGCCCGCCCGGCGGCACGUGAAGGCCGAGCACGACUGGCGCAGCACCGUGCACGGCGCCACCAAGUUCGCCUUCGACUUCUUCUUCUUCCCCUUCCUGUCGGCAGCCUGAGCGCGUCCCGCCGGGGGGGUGCCCGGUGUGCGCUGCCCCGGCGGUGCGCGGAGGCUGUGUGUGUGGUGUGCUUGCGUGUGCAGACCCAGGGUUCCAGGCGUUGCCAGGAAUCGCAUGCUUGGCGUUCGCCCACCCCCACCUUUCUGAGUGACACAGGUGUGCCAGGCUAGACCAGAAAACCCGGGUCCUGAAAAGCACUUUCUAGGUAAGAUUCUUCCUCCCUCCACCCGCACCCUGCCGCCCCUCUUUACUUCUGUGUUGGAUUGUUCCUUCGAGAACCAAAUAUGCGACGUGUAAACUCCGCGGUGGCAUUUCUUGUUUCCUUGGGCACUGCUAAGCCGCCGCAGCCGUUCACCUUUCCGGGCGCGAGCGUGGAGUGUGCACAGCGGCCUGAGCCCGUUGUGUGGUCAAGGCCUGGCCCGAUCCUGCCCUCGAGAGGCGGCAGCUCUGGGCAGCAGGCCGCCUCACGGCCCUCCUCUCCGGCGGGUCGGGGUGUGUGUGAGGGUCCUGCCUGACUCCCUCAGGACUUGGGGCCAGGACUCUGGGCCUCCCUCCUGGUGCUUGGAGGGGCCUGACCUACGCUGUAGGGCAGAAAGCCCAGGUCCCAGAGUGGCCGAAAUAAACACCUCGGUGAAAUCUGCA